AGCGACAAAGCAAUGGGAGGGACAAUGCUGCUGGCAGCAGCCGUUGUGUUCACAUAUUACACAACUUGGGCAAUAUUGCUCCCCUUUUUCGAUCCUGCCAGUCAGAUACACAGUUUCUUCCCUGCUCGAGAAUGGGCUGUCCGACUGCCUGCCUUCAUCCUCGUUGUCGGUCUGUCUGUCAUUGGCUUCUUCAUAGGGUCCACCGUCAUCAAAGAGAAGCGGAAACAGGCUCAAAAGGUCCGGCUACGUACUGCCUAA